AUGCCAGCUUCGACCGGACCUUCUACAUCGCUCCUUGGCAAAAUCCUUAUAGUCAUUGCACUACCUUUGGGCGGCAUGGCCAUGAUCGCCGGCCGCGACGUUUGGCGGAGUGGCGAUCGCUUCCUCGAGUACGGCUACAUCUCCGAUCCCCUAGUCUCGGAGGUGGGGACGUGGUUCGUCUCGAUCCUUCUGGUCGAUUGCUUCCUGAUUGUCCUUCACCGCUUGGGCAACAAGGAGCUCUACUUGCAUCACUUGAUCUUCGGCAUAGGUGGCGUGCUUUGGGUCCGCCAUUGUUGUGGUUCCUUGACGGUGUGUAUCCUCGUGACGCAGGAGUUGUCGAACCUGCCUUUGAACAUGUUCACCCUUUGUCGUGCCUACCAGGGCCUGCACUCCGUUUGGACCAAGACCUGGUUCCUGGCCUUCGCAGUGACCUUCUACAUCUUCCGUGUCUUCCUCAAUACCUUCGGCACGGUGCAUUUCCUCUGCGAGGUGAUCCAUGGUCACUGGGGAGCCUCCGCGCUACGAAUCCCCAGGUAUGAGAGACCUUUGCUGGGAGCGAUACUGGUGUCUGCAUGGGUCCUACAGAUCUUCUGGGCGCGGCGGAUUGCGAUCAAAAUCCUCCUCGCGGCGCGGGGGACCUUGUCGCCCGAGACCAGCCUUUAUGAUGAUGAGGAUGAUCAAGGUGAUGGAGCAGCAGCAGCAGCAGCAGCCGGUUGA